AUGGCUACUCCAGCGUCUCCUCGGCCCGGCUGGGCUCCCUCUACCGCAGCAUUGCCAUCUGAUCUUGAACCUCCGUCAGCCUUCCCCCAGGAUGCCUUCCCUCGCCUCUCCGUGCCGACGCCGACGCGGCUGAUGCUGGGAACGAUAUCGUCAGCCCUCGUCGGCUUCUCCCUGGGGGCCACGCAGGGUGGGCAGAUGGCGCAGCUGCGGUUCCGGGCCGAGCACGCCCACAAGAUGCCAGACACGACGACCGGGUGGUAUUUCUACCACAAGAGCAAGAAUUACCACGCCAUGCAGGGCGGCAUACGCGAGGGCUUCCGCAUGGGUCUCAAGACGGGCCUCUGGAGCAUGAUGGCCCUGUCCCUCGAGAGCACGGUUGAUCGAUAUCGCGGGGCGAGCGACAUGUUUUCCACCACGAUAGCCACCCUGACCGUGGCUGGCGCGUUUUCUCUCUGGCCGCCGAUGUUCGGCCUCUCGCGUCUAGAUCGCUUGUCAUUCACAACGGCCGCCCGGACCGCCAGGUACGGGCUCAUGUUUGGACUCGUCUACGGUGGCAUCCAGGACCUCGUCGGCUUAGCCCGAGGGAGACCGAUCGGAUACGUCGAGUUCCUGCGGCGCCGUGGUGGUGGACGUUCUAGUCAGUCCCACAGCGAUCACGAGGACGACCAACCAGCAUCGUGA